CAGGCGACAGGCUUUAUAAAUUUUCUGAUGUUGACGUUUCGUUACUUCUCUAGACAACCUUUUUCAUGUUGGCUUGUCGGACACCAGUUGACACCGAUCACCGAUAGUCACCGUCCACUCUCCGUUCGGUUCGCAAUGGACAAGAAUGUCAAAUGACUAACCAAUAAACAUAACAUUCAUAAAUGAAUUUUAAUAUGCCUUUUCUUAUAUUAUUACUAUUGUGAUAGCAAUCAUUUAGCAUUUUACAAUAAGAUCAACAAUGGUGACAGAUAAAAACCGGAGCAGUACUGUAAGUUCCUGAAAAAAAACUUAAGAUAAUUUUUGACCUUAUUUUACUAUACCAUGAAGAUUAUGGAGAAACCUAUAGAACCAAAGGCUGAAGACUGUUGCAAUAGUGGGUGCAAUCCAUGUAUCUUUGACAUAUAUCAAAAACAAUUACUACUUUACAAUAAAUAUUUGGAAUGUGGAGAGACUGAUGACACCUCACCUCAAGAAAAUGGUUUGUCGCAAUUAAAAUAUACUGUUUUUACUGUUGUAGAGAAUAAGACUAUAUGUGAUUUACAUCAGUUGAUUACAUUUAAGAAAAAAACUGAAAACAAUAAUAAAGUUUGGUGGAAACCUGGUGACCAUUUUCUGUUUAAGUUCUGUGGAGCUGAAACUGCUUGUACUCGAGCUUAUACACCUGUAAAAGUCGAAAAAGGAGAGAAUGACUCUGAUUUCUCUGUAAUUGUAAAACAAUAUGAUAAUGGUUUAGUUUCAUCUAGUUUAUGUGGUUUAAAAGUUGGGGACUCAACUUAUUGGAGAGGACCUUAUGGACAUUAUAAUUUGAAACCUAAUCUAUAUGAAAAAAUUGUUAUGAUUGCUCAAGGGACUGGUAUUGCUCCAUUUAUUACAAUAAUUGAGCAUAUUCUGAAAGAUGAAGACGACAAUACAAAAUUACUGCUACUAUAUUGUACAGAAUGUGACAAGUCUAUACUGUUCAGAGAAAAGCUGUAUGCUUUUAAGUCUUUUUGGAAUUUUAAGUAUGAAAUAUUUCUAAGUAGACUUAAUGAGUUCAAUUUAAAAUAUCAGGAACCAAUAUCAAAACAUAAGUUAAGCACUGAAUAUUUGUCUGAUUUAAAACUUUCUGCAGGUAAGAAUCAAUUUUUGCUGUGUGGCUCUCAGAUGUUUACUGCCUGUUAUGAAAAUUAUUUAAAAAAUAUUUUGGGUAUAGAUAAGAAAAAUAUUGUUUUGUUCUAAUCUUUUGUUUUAUUUUUACCUUGUUCUACAAAUCAGCAAUGAAGUUCUUCCUAAUUGCUAAUCACUCAUUUAUGUUAAUAAAAUCUGUUUGUUUAUUUUCCAUGGAAGAUCGACACCCUAAAUUUUAUGGCUAUAGCUCCGUCAUUUGUCCUCACCUGUCAGUCAAUAGGCCAACAUCUCAUGACGAUAUUUUUACCACUCCACUUGUCUUCAGAACAAAAUCCUCAUACUCACAAAUAAUUUGUCCCUUUUAGAAUACAAAAUAGUAUUGAUAUAGUAAUUUAAAAAAAAAAUGAAUUUUCCCGCGUUAUUUGGAAUUCAUCACACAGGUGUAAAGUUACUACCUUAGAAAAAAGUUAAAACUAUGACUAGAAAAGAGACGACCGCAUGGUUAGUCAAAUCAACGAUGUGAAAUAAAACAGAUGAACGGGAGCAGAAUAAUAAGCGAAUCAAAAGAAAUAACCCCAGACCUCGGAGUGGCCAGUUUUCGUCAAAAUAGGAAUCGAAAACUUACACAUGAGUACACUUCUUUAAACUGUGGUAAAGAUGAUUGAGAUCGAGGGAUCGAAUCAUACAUUGACAUGAUAGAGUUUAAAUUAAUCCUUGAAAUUUAAAGCAAAGCAUUGUAUAAAAUAGUUUUAUUAAAUCUGCAAACAGCAGUUUUAUUGGUUAAUAACUUGACUUCUGGAGAAUUAUCUGAAAAGUGAUUAAUUGUUCAUAAAAUUUCACGACUAAUACCUUAAUA